UUUAUGCCCGAUGGCACGGCGGGACGCCAGCGUUUAACAAUGAUAGAGUUCGGACACUUCAUUUCAGUCAUUGUGAAAUUGGCACAUGCCGCGGCUAAUGGCGGGAAUAUAUGUUGUGCCACCCGUCUGCUCUGAAUACCCCUCCAUCUCUUUGCUGUUUGGCAUGUUGCAUUACGAACAGUCGCAUUAUGCCAAGGGGAAAAGGAGUGGAUGUAAUUGAUGUGUUCGCUCGUUUCCUACACGAUGUAAACGUCUGUCUUUUCCCUGCAGGUGACUGCGACUUCGAGAAGCCCUUAUCCUCGUGCGGAUACACGCAAGGCCGUGAUGAUGAUCUUGACUGGGAGCAGUUCCACACCAGUGAAAAGCCUUCAAUAGAUCCAUGGAUACCUCCUGGCUCAGCGUUUAUGAUGGUGAAUUCAUCGGGUCGUUUUUCUGGUCAGAAGGCUUUACUCUUCACGCCGCAGCUCAAAGAAAACGACACCCACUGUGUGAUAUUUCAGUAUUAUGUGGCGGGCAGAGAGGGUGGCACUCCAGGACAUCUGAACAUCUACAUCAAAGAGAACAACAGUCCCAUGGGUUUACCUGUGUGGAACACCUCCGGACCUGUCAGCCGAAACUGGAACCGCGUCGAGCUCGCCAUCAGCACCUACUGGCCAAACUUCUACCAGAUCGUCUUUGAAGUGGUGAUCUCAGGCCAACGCGGCUUACUGGCCAUCAAGGGCGUUGUCCUCAAGGGCCACCAGUGCAUGAAUACACCACACUUCCUCCAUAUUAAAGGCGUGGAGGUGAACGCCGGCCAGACGGCCACAUUUCACUGUACCGUUAAUGGAGAGUGGAGAAACAGCUUUAAUCUCUGGCUGCAGGGAAUCGGUGGUCGUGAAGCCCCUAUGAAGGCGACUAAACCGUGGAAUAACCAGCGGUUCAUCGGCAUGUUUGAUGUGGUGAAUACGACCAAACAGGACUCGGGGCGCUACAGGUGUAUCGUUCACUCCAACCGAGGUGUGGGAGUGUCAAACUACGGAGAACUGACCAUCAAACAACCGCCCGUUCCGAUCGCUCCGCCUCAGCUGAUGGCGGUGGGGGCCACGUAUCUUUGGAUCCAGCUGAAUGCAAACUCCAUCAACGGAGACGGUCCGAUCAUCAACCGUGAGGUGGAGUACCGUACGGUCUCCGGCACCAUGUAUGACCUACAGCCCGUCGAUAAAACCUCACAUAAAAUCGGCCAUCUGGACCCGGACACCGAGUAUGAGAUCAGUGUGCUGUUGACCCGACCCCUGGAGGGGGGCACUGGGGCCCCGGGACCUCCCCUGAGGGCCCGAACAAAAUGCUCAGAGCCCAUGCACGGCCCGCAGCAGCUGAUAGAGGUGGACAUCAAAUCCCGUCAGGUCACCGUUAGCUGGGAGCCGUUCGGUUAUAACGUGACUCGUUGUCAUAACUACAGUCUGAUGGUGCAGUACCAUGUGAGAGGAGGCGGGAAAGAGGAGAGCCGGGAGGAAGUGUCAUACGACAGCCAGAGCUCCGCCCCUCAAUACACCAUCCAUAACCUGAUGCCCUUCACCAACCUGAGCGUCAGACUGGUACUGCGCAACCGCGAGGGCAUCAAAGAAAGUUCCGAGAUUCACGUGCAGACGGACGAAGACGUUCCGGGGGAAGUUCCUCUGGACUCCAUCCAGGCGAGUGUGUUCGAGGAGAAGAUGAUGCUUAAGUGGAGAGAACCGGUUCAGACGUUCGGCAUCAUCACUCAGUAUGAGAUCUCGUAUAAAGCAGUCAGCUCGUUCGACCCUGUCCUGGAUCUCUCUAAUCAGAGCGGGAAAGUGCUUAAACAUGGGAAUGAAACCAGUCAUAUGUUCCUGGGUCUCUAUCCUGGAUCCACAUACUCCUUCACCCUCAGAGCGAGCACAGCGAAAGGAUACGGGCCGCCCGCCAUCACCCAGGCUACCACCAAGAUCUCAGCUCCAUCAAUGCCAGCGUACGAUCAGGAGACUCCUCUGAACCAGACGGACAGCACCGUUACAGUUGUGUUGAAGCCGGCUCAGAGCAGAGGAGCACCUGUCAGUGUUUAUCAGGUGGUUGUGGAGGAGGAACGGCCGCGGCGAGCUCGUGGAGGGGAAGCGGAGAUCUUGCGCUGUUAUCCGCUGCCGGUUCACUAUCAGAACUCCAGCAGUUUGAACUCGCAGUACUAUUACACCGCUGAGUUCCCGUCCUCAAGCAUCCCCUCGCCGCAACCCUUUACCAUCGGAGACAACAAGACCUACAGCGGGUACUGGAACACACCGCUGCUGCCGCACAAGAGCUACAGCAUCUACUAUCAGGCCGUCAGUACAGCUAACGGGGAGACGAAAAUUGACUGUGUCCGUGUGGCAAGCAAAGCUGCUAUCUUGGUGACUCAGCUCACCACUCCUUACGUUCGCAUCGUUCCGGCCGCAGGAGACAACCAACUAACAGGGGCGGCGACACACAAACCCAACGCUGUGGAGCCGGAGAAACAGACCGAUCAUACGGUGAAGAUCGCAGGAGUCAUUGCUGGAAUACUGCUCUUCGUCAUCAUCUUCCUCGGUGUGGUGCUGCUCAUGAAGAAACGAAGAUCGUAUCAGUCCUACACUUACUACCUGAAACUGGCAAGAAGCGCAAGGAAACGCUUGAACAGCACGCGGCAGGAGAUGACGGUGAUGGUGAACUCCAUGGACAAGAGUUACACUGAACAGGGAACCAACUGUGAUGAAGCGCUCUCCUUCAUGGACACACACAAUCUGAACGGACGCUCCGGUUCCUCUCCCUGUUCUCUCACCAUGAAGACAAACACACUGAGCACGAGCAUCCCAAACACAUAUUACCCAGACCCGUUUGUGCCCACCGCUAUCUUAGACGAAACUCAAGCGGUGACCAGCGACACCAGCAGCCUCGUGCAGUCGCACACACACACACACUCGCUGCGCAAACGCGGCGUGGGCGUGCCGUAUCAGGCGGGACAGCUGCAUCCCGCCAUCCGCGUGGCCGAUCUCCUGCAACACAUCACGCAGAUGAAAUGUGCCGAGGGCUACGGCUUUAAAGAAGAGUACGAGAUCAAUGAGAGUUUUUUUGAGGGUCAGUCUGCGCCGUGGGACUCCGCCAAGAAGGAUGAAAAUCGGAUGAAGAAUCGCUAUGGCAACAUCAUCGCAUAUGAUCACUCGCGUGUGCGACUGCAGAAUCAGGACGGCGAGCAGAACUCUGAUUAUAUUAAUGCAAAUUAUGUUGAUGGCUAUCACAGGCCGAAUCACUACAUCGCUACACAAGGUGCAGGGAAAAGUGCUACAGGAAACACCAUCUUGGGAGAUGGGCAACGUUUUGAUGCUCAAUUGAGCAUGAGCUCAGUGACAAAAGUGUGCAAGCGAGAAUAUGGACAACUGGGAAGACGAAACCUUGCACUUAUAGACACUCCCGGCCUGUUUGACACAGAUCUAACACAGGAGGAAGUACAACAGGAACUAGUACAUUGUCUGACUUUGUGUUCACCCGGUCCUCAUGCGUUCCUGCUGGUUAUACCAAUAGAGCGCUAUACGGAGGAGCAGCAACGCGCGGUGGACAUGAUUCUGGAGAUGUUUACUGAGGAAAUCACCCAUCACACCAUCAUUAUAUUCUCACAUGCUGAUAGACUUGGAUCGACCUCCAUUGAGGACUUCCUAUCAAGACAAAACAGAAAGAUCCAAGAUCUCAUGGAAAGAUUUGGGAGGCGUUUCGUGGCCUUUAACAACAAAGACCCUUCAAACCGAGGUCAGGUCACACAACUCCUGGAGAAGGUGGAUGAGUUGCUGGUGCAUAACAAGAACCGACUCUUCACCAGUCCGAUUUCACAGGUUGUGUUGGAAGCCCAGAGGAUAAUAGAGGAGAAUAGUGAAGUUUUCAUGGCUGCAAGAAGGAGGGAAAACUAUUUAACGAUACAAGAAGGUGCAGGGAAAAGUGCUACAGGAAACACCAUCUUGGGAGAUGGGCAACGUUUUGAUGCUCAAUUGAGCAUGAGCUCAGUGACAAAAGAGUGCAAGCGAGAAUAUGGAAAACUGGGAAGACGAAACCUUGCACUUAUAGACACUCCCGGCCUGUUUGACACAGAUCUAACACAGGAGGAAGUACAACAGGAACUAGUACAUUGUCUGACUUUGUGUUCACCCGGUCCUCAUGCGUUCCUGCUGGUUAUACCAAUAGAGCGCUAUACGGAGGAGCAGCAACGCGCGGUGGACAUGAUUCUGGAGAUGUUUACUGAGGAAUUCACCCGUCAUGCCAUCAUUAUAUUCUCACAUGCUGAUAGACUUGGAUCGACCUCCAUUGAGGACUUCCUAUCAAGACAAAACAGAAAGAUCCAAGAUCUCGUGGAAAGAUUUGGGAGGCGUUUCGUGGCCUUUAACAACAAAGACCCUUCAAACCGAGGUCAGGUCACACAACUCCUGGAGAAGGUGGAUGAGUUGCUGGUGCAGAACGGGAACCGACUCUUCACCAAUCCGAUUUCACAGGUUGUGUUGGAAGCCCAGAGGAUAAUAGAGGAGAAUAGUGAAGUUUUCAUGGCUGCAAGAAGGAGGGAAAACUAUUUAACGAUACAAGAAGGAACAGACAGUCACCACGAUGUUCGCCAAAGACGGAGGCACCGAAACCCUAAAGGGCAAAAUCAGAGUCCAACUCUAAAGAUUUGUCCACCUUCUCAAACUUACCCCCCUGGCACGAGUGCACAAGGAUCAUUUGGUGGUAAACCGUCGACAGCAAACCCGGCACCUAACGAACUGAGACUGGUUCUGCUGGGCAAAACAGGUGCAGGGAAAAGUGCUACAGGAAACACCAUCUUGGGAGAUGGGCAACGUUUUGAUGCUCAAUUGAGCAUGAGCUCAGUGACAAAAGAGUGCAAGCGAGAAUAUGGAAAACUGGGAAGACGAAACCUUGCACUUAUAGACACUCCCGAGCGCUAUACGGAGGAGCAGCAACGCACGGUGGACAUGAUUCUGGAGAUGUUUACUGAGGAAAUCACCCGUCAUGCCAUCAUUAUAUUCUCACGUGCUGAUAGACUUGGAUCGACCUCCAUUGAGGACUUCCUAUCAAGACAAAACAGAAAGAUCCAAGAUCUCAUGGAAAGAUUUGGGAGGCGUUUCGUGGCCUUUAACAACAAAGACCCUUCAAACCGAGGUCAGGUCACACAACUCCUGGAGAAGGUGGAUGAGUUGCUGGUGCAGAAGGGGAACCGACUCUUCACCAGUCCGAUGUUACAGGCUGUGCUGAAGGCCCAGAGGAUAAUAGAGGAGAAUAGAGAAGUUUUCAUGGCUGCAAGAAGGAGGGAAUACAAUUUACCGAUACAAGAAGGAGGAGGAGGAGAGGUUGAGAUGAGAAUAGAUCACGAUUCAUAUUACUACAAAAUUUUGAUUGUGCUUACCAUCUUUUUGUUGGGGCUUGGAGGUGUGAGCUGCAGUUCAGUGGAACAGAAGAUCUAUGUUGAGCUGAACGAUACGGUUCCGUGUGUUCGACUGAUGAACGCCACACAUCAGAUCGGAUGCCAGUCGUCUAUAUCAGGAGACACCGGUGUCCUCCACGUGUUGGAGACAGAAUCAGACCUGGACUGGAUCCUCAGCACUGGAUCACAUCCUCCUUACAUGGUCGUCAUGGAGACGGCCUUCUUCAACAGAUCGGUGAUGUUGAGGAUGAAGAACUCGUCCAGGGUCGCUGGAGUCGCUGUUAUUGUGUCAAACACGGGUCCUGCUGACGGAUUCUCCCCCCACACCACCUGCCCCAACCAGAACACAGGUGUGUAUUCUGCAAGUUACGGCCCUGAACUAGCCAACUGUAACGCCACCGUAUGGAACCCGCUCGGAAACGGACUGUCCUACGAAGACUUUGCUUUCCCUGUGUUUGCUCUGAACGACGAGAAUCAAACUCAGGUUAUCCGACAGUGUUAUGAGCUUCAUAACAAGCGUGUGAACGGCAGCGUUCCUGAGUACCCUCUGUGUGCGAUGCAGCUCUUCUCUCACAUGCACGGCGUGACCGACACAGUGACGUGUAUGAGACGCACAGACCUGCAGAACAGAUUCAGCAUCAACCCAGAGGUUCUGUGUGACCCCUUGAAUGAUUUUAAUGUCUGGGCGUCCACACGGCCCCUCAACAACAGUGCAAAGGGACACGUGGAGAAAGAGAGCGUCGUCAUCGCCGCAACGAGGCUCGACGGCCGCUCAUUUUUCUGGGAGAAGGCUCCAGCGGCCGAGGGAACCGUGUCUGGAAUCGUCACUCUGUUGGCUGCGGUCCAAGCACUUCAUCCUGUUACUCAGGAAGCUCCGCCCCCUCGCAAUAUUUUCUUCACCUUCUUUCAAGGGGAAGCGUUCGAUUACAUCGGCAGCUCAAAGAUGGUCUACGACAUGCAGAAACAGGAGUUUGUUAUCGACAUGAAUAAUGUACACUCCAUGCUGGAAAUUGGACAGGUUGGACUGCACAGUGGGCGUGAACUGUGGCUGCACUCUGACCCCGUAUCCUGUAGCAACCAAAGCAUUGGAGAAGUAGUCAAGGCUCUGGUGAAAAACAUGAGUUCUGUGGCUGCUAGUUUGAACCUCUCAUUGGACGAGCCAUCUGUCAGUCAGCCAUUACCGCCCUCGUCCUUCCAGCGUUUUCUGAGGGCGAGACAGAUCCCCGGCGUUGUGCUGGCAGACCACAAAUCGGCCUUCAACAACAGGUACUACGAGAGUUUGUGCGACAAUCGCAGCAAACCUGAAUGUGACGUACCGCCAAACCUGAGUCCAGACCGAACAGCUUGUAUCAUGAGACCGACGCUGCCAAGGCAGGCAGGAGGCGAGGAGAGCGCACUCAACAACAUCACCGCUGACCCUAAGAUUGUCGGCUCAGUUGCUGUAUGGUUUCUCGUUGAGAAGAACAACAGUUGGUUCAGAUCGUUGUUGCCUCCAGAAGUGACAAAAAAACGAGACAAUGCCAUGUUAGGUGCUGGUCCUCCUCAGUUCUACAUCGGUCUGGGCCCACGGAUCCACGGUCCAGUCCACAGCGUGGCGCUGUUCGGUGCAUUGUUCGCAUACUUCUGGGUUUCGGGCUCCGUCUCUGUGAACAGCACCGGUGACCCGUUCUGUGUGCGGGCAUCUGUACGUCUGUCUAAAGCUAUCUCGCCAGCGUUUGAGCUGCUGGAAUACGGAUCCAGAGAUUAUUCCACAUGGACGGAGUCUCAGCUGGAAGAGCAUCCGAGCGGAUCUUUCUCGUGGCCAGCCGAGAACUUCGAGGUGAAAUGUUGUAAGUACUGGCCGGACGACACUGAGAUCUACAGAGACAUAAAGGUGACGCUGAUCGAAACUCAACUUCUGUCGGAAUAUGUCAUCAGAACAUUUGCAGUUGAGAAGCGAGGAGCCCACGAGAUUCGUGAGAUCAGCCAGUUUCAUUUCACCGGCUGGCCAGAUCACGGCGUUCCGUAUCACGCUACAGGACUGCUGGGGUUCGUGCGCCGGGUGAAAACCAAAUCACCCACGAACACCGGGCCAAUCGUGGUUCACUGCAGCGCGGGGGCGGGGCGAACAGGCUGCUUCAUUGUGAUUGACAUCAUGUUGGACAUGGCCGAGCGAGAAGGUGUCGUUGACAUCUACAACUGUGUGAGAGAGCUGAGGUCACGCCGGGUCAACAUGGUCCAGACAGAGGAGCAGUAUGUGUUUAUCCAUGAUGCCAUUUUGGAGGCGUGUCUCUGUGGUGACACCACCAUCCCGGCCAAUCAGCUUCGCUCAGUUUACUACGACAUGAACCGAUUGGACCCUCAGACCAACUCUAGUCCAAUCAAAGAGGAGUUCAGGACUUUAAACAUGGUAACCCCGACUCUGCGCGUGGAGGACUGCAGCAUCGCUCUCCUGCCGCGGAAUCACGAGAAGAAUCGCUGUAUGGAUGUUCUUCCUCCCGACCGCUGUCUGCCGUUCCUCAUCACUAUAGACGGGGAGAGCAGCAACUAUAUCAACGCCGCACUCAUGGAUAGCUACAAGCAGCCGUCGGCGUUCAUCGUUACCCAGCAUCCUCUGCCAAACACACUGAAGGACUUCUGGAGGCUGGUGUUGGACUAUCACUGCACGUCUAUCGUCAUGCUGAACGACGUCGACCCUGCUCAGUUGUGUCCACAGUACUGGCCGGAGAACGGCGUUCAUCGUCACGGUCCGCUGCAGGUGGAAUUUGUAUCCGCUGAUUUAGAAGAGGAUAUUAUCAGCAGGAUAUUCCGAAUAUACAAUGCAGCACGGCCACAGGACGGGUAUCGGAUGGUGCAGCAGUUUCAGUUUUUGGGUUGGCCGAUGUACCGCGACACGCCCGUGUCCAAACGCUCCUUCCUCAAACUCAUCCAUCAGGUGGACAAAUGGCAGGAAGAGUACGAUGGAGGAGAGGGACGUACGGUCGUACAUUGUCUGAACGGCGGGGGUCGCAGCGGGACGUUUUGUGCCAUCAGUAUCGUGAGUGAAAUGUUGCGUCAUCAGCGCUCUGUUGACGUGUUUAAUGCUGUUAAAACUCUGCGGAACAACAAGCCCAACAUGGUGGAUUUACUGGAUCAGUACAAGUUCUGCUAUGAAGUGGCGCUGGAGUAUCUGAACUCGGGUUAACAGCUGUGUGUGUGUGUGUGUGUGUGUGUGUAGUGAGUGUGAGAGUGUGUGUGUGUGUGUGUGUGUGUG